AUGGGCUGGCUCUGGUCAACCGUAGACUCUGCUCCGAAAGAAAACAAUACCCAAACACCACCUCAAUCAACUCCUCAACCACCCACCUCUCAAAACAACACACCUCCCCCUCAAGCCCUCUCUCGAGACGACCUCGCCGAACAAGAACUCAACUCCUUCCUCAAGGAAAUCAACGCCGACACCCAAGCACCCAGCGGCAAGAAAUACACCCGCGUCGGCCGCUCCUCUCAAAAUGACGAGUUCUCCUCCACACCCUCCUCCUCCUCCUCCUCUGAAUCCGAACCCCUGAGCUCUCAGCUGCUGCCCAUAACCAUGUCCUGCCGCGCCGCCUUCGACCAGGCCUUCUACUGCAACUCCUUCGGCGGCCGCUGGAACGACCUCUACCGCUACGGCACCCUGCGCUCCUGCUCCGACGACUGGGGCGACUUCUGGUUCUGCAUGCGCACGCGCACCUACCCGCGCGACCAGAAGGCCGCCGCCAUCAAGGAGCACUACCGUGAGCGCGAGCGGCUGAAGUACGCCAAGGAGCUGGGCCGGGAGAGCAGCGAGGACGUGUGGAGGAGCAGGGAGCGCAAGGUCGAGCUGGGCACGGCAUUCACGAAGCGCUUUGAGGACUUUGGGGGCACCGAUGAGGAGUGGAGGGCAAGGGAGAUGGAGAGGAGGAGGGAAGUCGAUGGGAGUAUGGGAUAA